AUGUCAAAACGAGAUUUUCGGCAAAUUUACUUUUAUGAGUACAAGCUAAGCCGAAGCGCAGCACAAACUGCUCAAAAUGUCAACGAAGUAUGGGACGAGAAAAGUGUUAAUGAAUCGACAGUUCAACUGUGGUACCAAACGUUUCGUCGGGGAGAAUUUGACCUGCAAGAUCAAGAGCGUCGUGGACACUCUUCAGCUGUUGAUGGCGAAGAUUUGAAGACUUUAGUUGAAACAAACCUAUGCACAACUGUUCGAGAGCUUGCGGAGGAGCUUGACGAAAUGAAGAUUCAACUUACCGAUGAAAACUUUUUCGAGAAUUUCACUGUGCUGUCAUGGAGACGGGAGAACAACCGGCUGCAGAUUGCUCGACAAGAAGAAAGUGAAAAGGACAAGCCUCCUCCACCAGAGCCGAAGUUUCCUCCCGUACCGAAAUCCCUUAUGACACCCAAACAAGAUGGCCAGAGAUCACCAUCCUUUUUUGAAGUUCUGACACCUAAAAAGAAAGAGGAACUGUACGUCGAAGUGCUAUACACUAUAAAGCACAAGCUAGGGGCAAACAGCAGUAACUAUGCUGCAUACACUGAAGAUAUGUAUGAAUAUGCGAGGGAAAGCUUUCAGAUGAGUGACGAAGACCAUGCUAAAUUUAUGGCUGUAGCUCAAGAAGAGAAGCCUCCAAUACCUGUCUUAAAUGUGACUGUCGUAGAAGCUCAAGGACUCGAAGCUAAGGACCCAAAUGGAUUCAGCGAUCCCUACUGCAUGCUUGGAAUUCAACCAGAUGCAGAGGCACGGCGGGCUGAAGGAGAGGAUGAGAGUGGAGCAAGGCGGAGUCUGAAGAGAUUCGGUGCUUCUUUCAAGAAACGAGACCGCAAAAAUCCGGCACUAAACAGCGAGACGCUUCCUGCAAAGCUCAUUAGAACUACGUCGGUAAAAAAUGCAACUCUUAAUCCAAAAUGGAGAGAAAAGUUUCGUUUGGACAUUGAUGAUGUUCGUUCCGACAGAUUGCAUCUUGAUAUUUG